AUGGACGCGAGGCCGAUAGAAAAUGCACCAUAUGGUAGUGAAAAAUAUGACGUUGGAGCCCUAACCCAAGAACAACAAAAAAAACUCAAUGAAAUGAAGAUUCGUCGACGGAUAGAAAAUGAACGUUAUAUGCAGCAACAUCCAGAGUUACAGUUUAUGAUCAGAGAUUUUAUACGGCAGGCAUGUCUUCAACGACCAGAAAAUGUUCGAGAAUUUGCAUCUAGUUACUUUACUCAUCCAUUAUUAGAAAAACGAAUAAAAACUUUAACGGAAGAGGGUGUUGAAGAAGCAAAUGGCGAUAUGAAAUUAAUUACAGAUCAAAUAUUUCAGAAAUGA